UUGAAAGAGUGACAUUUAGAAGGAGAGAGUUGUUGAAUUCAAUCGGAAGCAGGAGGAGGAAUGAGCGGAGUUUCAACGGCGGCGUAUUUCGCGCGGCGAGCGGCGCAGAAGGAGAGGGUUCGAAUCCUCUAUCGACGCGCCCUUAAGGAUACUCUCAAUUGGGCUGUUCAUCGCCACAUUUUCUACCGAGACGCUUCUGAUCUGCGCGAGAAGUUCAACGCCAACCAAGAUGUGGAGGAUGUUGACAGAAUCGACAAACUGAUUGCUCAUGGUGAAGCUGAGUACGACAAAUGGCGGCACCCUGAUCCUUAUAUCGUUCCAUGGGCUCCUGGUGGCUCCAAGUUCUGUAGAAACCCCACUCCACCUGCUGGGAUUGAGAUUGUGUACAACUAUGGUCAAGAAGACAACCCAUAAAACUUAAUUUUCCUGUGGCUAUGGUUCAGAAAAUAAAUUUUUACUUUCAAAGAUGUUUCGUUUUAGCGUGACCACUCUUGUUUCAGCAUGGUUUACAUUUGUUCAUCUAAAACAUGUCAUCAUGAAUCAUGGAUGUCCCAUGAAAACUUAUUCAAUAAACAACAAAAGUGUGUUCUAUCUUUACUUUGGCUCAUAAAUUUUUGUGUUUUUCUGUUGUCA